CUGUUGCCUUGCCAAGAAAUUGGACAUUUCAUAGGGAACGCGGGCUACUCAAUAAAUUUCACUGACUUGUGUAAAUUAUUAAUCACUGUCAAAAAUAUUGCUGAAAAAGGAACCUGUUUGAUAAUACUGUAAUGGUUCUGAAUUAUUAUUUUUAGGGGCGUUUUUACAUUAGGGGCAUGUGGGGCAGUGCCCCGCCAAAGAUGUGGUGCACGAUUCUCGUAACAUCCGAACGUUGUGGCAUAAUGUAUUUUAUAUUUAAUACAAAAUAGUGAUUCAGUGGUGAAAUUGGCGUGUAUAAAUAUAAUAAACUUGACUCGCAAUCCUUAUAGUGCUGUUUUUGGAGUAAUUUACUUUCUGCGUAGGCUAUGUGUGUGCUCGCGCUGAGGACUGCGCUCCCUGUCCUACCUCUCUGCUCUGGGGCAGCGGAGCGCUCUGCCCCAUCGUUGCUAGGGGAACAACGUGAGCGUGAUCUGCGUAAGCAGGGAACACCUCCCGCAAAUUAUGUUGGGCGGAAGGGCAGAAAUCUUUCUGUCCCUACGAAUUCUGCCUAGCAACAGGUGAGCCACCUGAGGUGGCGAAAAAAUGAUAAACGUAACCGUUAAUCGGUUGAUGUACGUCUAUCGCUAAUGCUAGAGUGAGAGCACCUAUUAUCUUCGACAGUCAAGAAAACGUAAAUAGAUUUGAACUAUAUAUUAAAUAGGCGAAAUAUCGGUAACAACCUGUACCUAGUUAUGUAGGAAAAAAUGUCCUUGUUAUACUUCAGUGGUUAUUUUUAAAUUACUUUCGCGAUUAUAAAUUUGCUAAUACUGUAUAAGUGUCCUAUCUUGCGUAUUUGAGGUUAAUAUGAGAAAGGGUGGUAGCUAUCAGCACGUCUAGGAAUCCGUGCAUAUUCACUGUUGUAACCCAAGUCGCAGGACGCAAAAUAGCCGUUAGGAAAGCAGUUUGAAAUUAUGAAGCAACCUCUGCGCCAUUGCAUUUAAUGGGUCGCAAUGAGAUAAUUCCGAGCGUGUUGCUUAUCUUAAAGUUGAUGUUGUAAAUAAGGCUGUAUUAAUAUAACUAAAUGUGUAUGCAGUUGGUUUUUUUACAUUUAGUCAGUUUAUUAUCUGUAUUUUUACAGGACCUACAUUUUAAUAGUUAACGAUUUCCAGUUCUCUCUAAUAAAUACGAAGUAAAUACACUAGCGGUUAGGGUGGUUGAUACCAGGUUGAUACACGUCCGCCCCCCCCGCCCCUCGGGUGGUCCAUAAUAGGUGCUCUCACUCUAGGUAGCUAAAGUGUUCAAUUUCAAGUCGAGUGUGAUUUUAUUUUAAUUUUUGAAGUUUCUUAAGUUCAAGUUUGAACGAGUCUUUAUUUUAUUAAUCAGUUUGUAAAUCUCUCUGCUCCCUGGCGCUUACAGCGCAGCCCAUAUAAUAGAGGCCUAUCGUAGACUAAUUGGCUACCUUUAUUGUAUAUGAUGGUGACGUCAUACAAAACUUCCCCACCAGAAAUGCCAUGCUAAAAACGCCACUGAUUAUUUUCCAUUCGAUGUAUGGAACUUGCGUGAAUGAUCAUCAACUGAAUAAAUCCUUCUGCAUGGCAGCUGGGGUGUUGCUGUUUCUCUUUUUCCGCCUCCCUGAUCAAAAUGCUAUAAGGCAAGAAGAUGCCCUACCUGCAUAAUUUCUAAAACAAGAUUACCUAAACCGAUGCUCCAGUAAGACGCCCUUUGAUUGGCUCGUUCUCGUGGUGACCUGGCAACCAAGCAGGGCAGUGCAUCGCUUUCAUCCUCCACAAUAAGCUUUGAAAAGACAGGGUACCGAAAUAGCGACAUUGGCUGGCUAGCUAACCAUCCAUAGCAGUACGGUUGUUCAAAAGUGAAGUCAACGGAAGGAUAGGAAGGUUGCCUAGAUCUCAAACAAAGCUGCAAAUAUGUCGUCGCGGACGCUUCCCUUGCUUUUUAUCAAUCUCGGUGGAGAAAUGCUCUAUAUCCUGGAUCAGCGACUACGAGCGCAGAAUAUCCCGACCGAUAAAGCGAAGAAAGUGAUGAAUGACAUCAUCACCACAAUGUUCAAUAAGAAGUUUCUGGAGGAGUUGUUCAAGCCGCAGGAGCUGUAUUCCAAGAAGGCCCUGAGGACCGUGUUCGACCGUCUUGCGCAUGCAUCCAUCAUGAGACUCAACCAGGCCAGCAUGGACAAGCUUUAUGAUCUGAUGACCAUGGCUUUCAAAUACCAAGUCCUGCUGUGCCCCCGGCCCAAGGACCUCCUGCUGGUGUCCUUCAACCACAUGGAUGCCAUCAAGGACUUUGUGAGGGACGCGCCCAGCAUUCUCAACCAGGUGGACGAGACGUACCGCCAGCUCAUCGAGGUAGGGCCCCCCGAUUUGUACCCCAAACUCAUCGAGGUAGGGCACCCCGAGAUGUACUGCCAGCUCAUCGAGGUAGGGCACCCAGAGACGUACCGCCAGCUCAUCGAGAUGUACACACCGCUGUCCGGUGGAGAGUUCCAGCUGAUCAGACAAACACUGCUGGUCUUCUUUCAGGACAUGCAUAUCAGGGUGUCCAUUUUCCUGAAAGAUAAGGUGCAGAAUUCCAACGGCCGUUUCGUCCUCCCGACUUCGGGCCCCGUGCCGCACGGAACGCAGGUCCCGGGCUCCAUCAGAAUCUUCAGCUGCGCCGGAGAGGAGGUGAAGAGGCUGCAGUUCCCCAACGGCGGGAGCUACUCCAGCGCCCUGCGGGAGGGGUCCUUCGAGCUGUUCGGGGAGAGAGUCAUUAAACUGGGCACCAACAUGUACAGCGUGAGUCGCCCCGUGGAGACGCACAUGUCUGGGACGGCAAAGAACUCCGCCCAGCACACCAAGGUGAACGCGGCUCCUAACCCCCUGGCGAAGGAGGAGCUGAACCUGCUGGCCCGGCUCAUGGGGGGUCUGGAUGUUCAGAAACCCACCGCCGCGGACUCUGGGUUCCGCGUCAACCUGUUCUCUACCGACGAGGAAGAGGAGGAAGCUUUGAUCUCCAGACCAGAGGAACUGUCAUACGAAGUCAUAAAUAUCCAGGCCACAAAGGACCAGCAGGCCAACGAGGAGCUGGCCCGGAUCAUGGGGGAGUUCACCGAGGAGGCGGAGCCGUCGCAGGGUCCGAGCGACAAGGGGGCGGACCUUCUGGCCAUGAUGGACGGGCUCUGAGAGGGGGCGGGGACAGUCCCCUGGGGGAGGGGCCUAAGCCUUGGAGGGAGGGGACGGCAGGAGCGAGGGAACCGUGCUGGGGACGGAGCGGCUCGUUCGAUUGGUUUAUCGUCGCCGUGGAGACGACCUGCUGAUCUCGCACAUGCCCGAGAACCUCGUCUUUCAUUUAUGAUAGACUUCCUGUUUGCUGACGUUGGAGAGGGAGCGAGAGGGAGAGGGAGAGGGAGAGACAGAGAGAGAGAGGGGGGAAGACAGAGAGAGAGAGCGAUAGAGAAUGACUGGAAAAAGUCAGAAUAAAUGAAGAUGCCCUGUUAUUGGGGGGUUAAAUGAGGACUUUUCUAAGUGCCCCCAAAUGAUUCUGUAACUUGAUAGGAAUAGGCAAGCUUAACGCCUCCUUGUGAUGUGUCCUGUGUCCGUAAGAGUGUCAGAGACUUGAAUGUGAACACGCAUAGCUGUUAAUAACUGUCUACACAAUACCUCUGGUUACGCGAUCACCGUUCAGUGGCUCUGUCUGCUGCUGUGUCUGAGUUGUUUAAACUCCCCCUGUGGCCCUUCCUGCUGCUAGGCCCACCUGUAUGAGCGGGUGUACCUGGACGUCGUGCCACACGCUGUGAAGUCAUUUCUGUGAUGUCAUUUAGGGCUUUGAAUUUUGAAGUGAGAAAGGACUGUUUGGUACAUAAUGUUUCGCAACCCAUUUUCAAUUGUCACUAGGUGCUUUUCUCUCGCUUACAAAAUAUUUGUGUUUUCCAGUCUGACAAAUGUUUUGUUUUUUUUGUUUUUGUAAAUGAAUUUUUUUUUUUAAGUGUCAUGAAUAUCAUGCUUUGCUAAUAGGGAUAUUCUAAAGGUCUGUGACUGAAAAGACAGGAAGUGUAACAGGAAGUGCACUUGUUAAUAGAAUUCAGACACCCCGACUCCCAGAAAUACCCAAAGAGAAGAUCUUUGUGUUUCUUUGAUUGACCUGAGCAUAACACUGUUUUUACGUCUGCUUACUGUCUAGAUUUCAAACCAACACAAAGAAUGUGAGAAGCACAUGUUUUGCUACUGUGAGCUGGUCUCAAAAUGGCUUGAAAUUUUUCUGUGUCAUUGAGGUUUGUGGCCAGAUUUAGCAGAGAUGGUAAAAUGGGUGUGCAAUAUUGUACUCAACCUCUAAUAUAAGAAAUAUUACUGAAAUAAGCGGAGUACAUUUCUUAAAGUGUGGGAGGUAAAGAUGAGUUGACUGUUCAUGGUUUAUUUUUUUAUAAAUGUAUUGUGUAUGAAUGUUUACUUGUGUUCUUAUCAGUGCACUUUUGUUGAAAUAUUAACUGAUUGUGACAAAUAUCACGUUUUGUGGAAACAGGUUAUGUUUUUCCCCCCUUGUGCUUCAUAAUAAAUGAUCAGUGAAACAUC